AAAAAUUUUGCCGGAAUAAAUUUUACAUCACAACUCUCUCUGAUUCUUUCCCUCUUCUUCUCUUUCCGCGUGCGCACUCAAGUCCACCGGCUUUCCUUAAUUGUCAUUUACCUUAAUUUCUCCAUUAAUGAACACUCUGAACCUUCUGUUCUGCUAUGACCGAUUCGACCGGGGCGAGUCGAGAUGCUAGAGAGGUGCAUGGGGAGUCAGCGAGUCCGCCAGAUCCAGAGAGCGAUUUGCCAAAGUAAACUCGCCUUCGUUUGCCUUGUCUUGACCAUCGUUGUCUUACGUAGCACAAUCGGCGCCGGAAAAUUUCGGACUUCCGAGCAAGACUUCAAUGACAUCCGCGAACAUGUCUACGCCCACCGCAAGCGCGUGGAGCCUCAUCGCUUACUUCAAGAAGUUCAGACGACCGCCUCCACCAAUGGCGACACCUCAAACGAAGAUUCGAAUAAGAACAAUAACAAUUACGAACAGUUCGAUGUCUCUAAGCUGUUUGUUGACGAAGGUAUAGAAGAAAAACCGGAUCCAAACAAGCCCUACUCUCUGGGUCCGAAAAUUUCGGAUUGGGACCAACAGAGAGCGGAGUGGUUAAAAAAUAACCCGAAUUUCCCUAACUUUCUCCGGCCAAACAAGCCACGUGUCUUGCUUGUGACGGGUUCAGCUCCCAAGCCGUGUGAGAACUCAGUCGGCGAUCAUUAUUUACUGAAAUCAAUCAAGAACAAGAUAGAUUACUGUAGAUUACAUGGGAUCGAGAUAUUUUACAACAUGGCGCUUCUUGAUGCUGAGAUGGCGGGUUUCUGGGCGAAGCUGCCGUUGAUUAGAAAAUUAUUAUUGUCUCAUCCAGAAAUUGAAUUCUUAUGGUGGAUGGAUAGUGAUGCCAUGUUCACUGACAUGGCAUUUGAAAUCCCUUGGGAGAGAUAUAAAGAUCAUAAUCUUGUAAUGCAUGGAUGGAAUGAAAUGGUUUAUGAUGAAAAGAAUUGGAUUGGGUUAAAUACUGGUAGUUUCUUGUUGAGAAAUGGUCAAUGGGCUUUGGAUCUUCUUGAUGCCUGGGCGCCAAUGGGACCCAAGGGGAAGAUUAGAGAUGAAGCUGGGAAAAUACUCACCAGAGAGCUUAAAGGCAGACCUGUUUUUGAAGCUGACGAUCAGUCAGCCAUGGUGUAUUUGCUUAUCACCCAAAGAGAUAAAUGGGGUGAAAAGGUAUACUUAGAAAAUCACUAUUAUUUGCACGGUUAUUGGGGAAUUUUGGUGGAUCGUUAUGAGGAGAUGAUUGAGAAUUAUCAUCCGGGUCUUGGUGAUCAUAGAUGGCCGCUUGUUACCCACUUUGUGGGGUGCAAGCCUUGCGGCGAAUUUGGGGAUUAUCCGGUGGAGAGGUGCCUGAGACAGAUGGAUCGCGCAUUCAAUUUCGGCGAUAAUCAGAUUUUGAACAUGUAUGGCUUUACUCACAGAUCGCUUGGCAGUAAGAAAGUGAAGAGAGUAAGGAAUGAAACUAGUACUCCUCUUGAAGUGAAUGAUGAGCUCGGAUUGCUUCACCCGGCGUUUAAAGCUGUUACGGUAUCAGCGUCAUUGUAGUUGAUGAAGUAAAGAUCUCUUUAGCUUUUGAACUUGAUAUCGUAAUCAAUUAUGCGCUUAUUGCUGUUCAUUUUGUUCUUUGUUAAGUUAAAACAUGAUAAUGAUGCAAGUAAUUUGCCUGUCAUUGCUGAUUGGUUAUUUCUUCAAGCACAUGAUCUGGAUUUUGUAAUAUCUUAUUUUAUUCUAAGUAAUAUUGAUUUUUUUUAAUUAAAA